AUGCGGGUGAUGAACCAAGCACUUAGACUGUUUAUUGGUAAGUGCGUUGUUGUAUACUUCGAUGACAUACUGGUGUACAGUGGGUCGGAGAAGUCUCAUGGUGUGCAUCUAAGGGAAGUCCUUACUGUUUUACGUAAGGAGAAGUUCUUUGCAGCCACUAAGAAGUGCGUGUUCUAUACCGAUAGUGUUUUGUUUUGGGGGUAUGUUGUGUCAGCCGGUGGGGUAACGGUGGAUGCAGCUAAGGUUGAUACGAUUCGGCAGUGGCCACAUCCACAGUCAGUUUCUGAUGUGCGGAGUUUCCACGGUUUAGCGUCGUUUUAUCGACGAUUUAUUCAGCACUUCAACACCAUCAUGUCCCCCAUUACUGAUUGCAUUAAGGAGAGUAAGUUUCAGUGGACACCCGAGGCUGAGAAAGCGUUUUUGAUCAUUAAGGAGC